AUGGCGGAAAAGUGUUAUAAGUGCAACGUGGAGUGCGACAAGACUUCGUCCGACGUACUAUCGUGCGUGGAGUGCAGUGACGUGUUGCACGUGCAGUGUGCGGGACUUGACAUGAAGAGGAAGACCCGUAACCGUCCGUUCAAGUGUGGCAAGUGUAAUAAGGAGACAGCAUCAAUGUCAAGUGUAAGUGAUACCGAAGACUCUACUGUUAUUAAAGCAAUUAACAGCCUACACACCAAAUUUAGUGACACGCUUGAUCAGAAACUUUGUAGUUUGGAAGGAAAAAUUAAUGACUCAAUUAGUGGGAAACUUGACAAAAUUAAUGAACGUAUAAAUACGUGGCAAGAAACAAUUGCAGCAUCGUUAGACGGCCUAAAAUCAGAAAAUGUCGUUCUGAAACAAGAUUGUGAUGUACUCAAAACACGUUGCGACGACCUGUCUAAACAAGUAGACUCAUUGACGGAGCAGCUACAAGACCUACAGCAGUACAGCCGGAUUGACAACCUUGAGAUCGUCGGAGUGCCCUUGACCAAGAAUGAAGAUGUGUAUGCCGUCCUAAAGGCAGUGGCUAACACCAUUGGUACGCCCUGGAAGUAUGAGGACAUUUCAAUAGCGCAUCGGGUGCCUUCAACCCGCCAGAGAUAUCCUAACAUUAUUGUUAAAUUUACCCGAAGAGUUUCCAAGACGACGUGGCUUCUUGCGGCUAAGGAAAUUGACCUAACCGCCAAAAUGUUGCACCAGAGCUUCCCCGACACACCAAUAUUUAUCAACGAACAUCUCACAGGCCAUGCCAAAGAAACUCUAAACUGCGCCAAAAAGCUCGUUAAGGAGAAGAAGCUAGCUUAUGCAUGGGUCAAAGAAGGCAAGAUCCUGGUGAGGAAGACAGCAGAUGGGAAACCAGCGCGUGCGAGGAGUCCGGAGGACGUCAAGGCGAUAGCGGCUCAACCCACGGCUCAACCAACUGCUCAGUCAACGGCUCAGCGACGGCUCAGCGAAGGUGGCAAUCAGCGCGGCAACAACGGCUCCAACACCGACAAGGUUUCACCGUAA